GGCAAUGAAGGAAAAGCCCCGCUCAGCUUUGCACCGGGCCCCCGGUAUAAACCUGCCCCCCCCCCGGCCCCAGCAAAGGCAGCGGCAAUGGCGGGGGGGGAUUCGAUUCCGCUUCGCUCUCAUCCAUGUUCUGUGGCAUGGCCCCGGCUCCAUUGGGGGGGAGCGAGGCGCGUCCCCCGGCCAUAAAUCGGUGCUGCUGGAGGCUCCAGCCCCCCGGGCGCGCUAACUGACUGGAUUGACUCCGCGCAGGCAGGUAGGGGACCCUGGCACCGGAGCAAAAUCGUAAAAUAAUCACAACCGCAGCCGGCCCCAGAACGCAGCGUCCAGCUCCGCCGUGGAAAAAUCCGGGAUCCGACACCAAACCCCCCCCCCCCGCAACAGCAGCAGUUUCCGCUUUCGGGAGAGCGAGAGGACGCAUUAAAGCAACAUACCCCCCAAAUUACCCUGCAUCCGAGGCGUUUUCCAUCGGCCCGCGCUGCAAACUGGCUUCGGGGGCUCCAGUGGCCCAGGUCUCUGCCCUGCUCUGGAUUUGGGCUUAUCCCGCAGAUCUGGCCCGGGAGGCGGCGGCCUGGCGAGGAUGAGCCGGGACGCCAGGAGCAGACGCGGGGCCCGAGCCCGCCGGAGCCCUGAAGGAGGAGCGCUGCCCCGCUGAGGAGCCGCCGCCGCCCGCCCGCCGGGCUGCGUGCCGCGGGCCCCGGCAUGGACGGCCGCGAGUUCGCGCCCCCGCCUCACCUCCUCGCCGAGCGCGGCAGCGUGGGUCACCGCAGCAGCGCCGGCCGCCUGGCCGCGUCCGGCCACAGCCCCGUGCAGCACCCGGGCCACUUCCAGCCGGGCAAGUUCUUCCCCGCGCCCAUCUCCAUGGCGGCGCACACAGCAGGGAGUGGAUUGAUGGGGAACACGCCCGCCUCGUCCUUCAUGGGCAGCUUCCUCACCAGCAGCCUGGGCUCAGCCGCCCCCACGCACCCCACGGGCCCCGCCUCGUCCCCUUCGGAGCCGGCCUACCGGGGCCCACACUCCGGCACCUCCCAGAUCUGGUUCUCGCACUCCCACGAAGACGGUUACUGUUCCCAGAACCCGCAACGAAACGGAAACCACACGCAGGCAUUCCUGCCCGCCGCCACUGCCACGCCAUGCACACGCGCCCUCCCCCGACAAGCCCACGCCAUCGCACGCCCAGCGUGCCAGGCCAGCAAACGCCUGCACACAUGGGGGGGGGCUGACCCCGCUGCGGGGCUGGGGGCAGCUCUGCCUCCCCUGACCUCUCUGCUCCCCACAGCGGAGGAUGAAGACUUGGUGGCUGUUAACCUUCGGAGCCUGGCGACCAUCGCUGCCCUGGUGGAGGCGGCCGGCGAGGAGAGCACCCCACCCUGCCUCAGCCCCCUGGCGGCCCCCCUGGCCCCCCGCGCACGGGGCCUGCGACGGAAAUACACCUGGACCCCCAAAACCAAACCCGUCUGCCCCCUGAAGGCCGCCAUUGAGCAGCUGGACACGCAGGAGGUGGAGAUGCGGCUGCGGCUGGCGGAGCUGCAGCGCCGCUACAAGGAGAAGCAGCGGGAGCUGGUGAAACUGCAGCGACGGCAUGACCAUGAGCACGACGAGAGCUCGCGGAGUCCGGCGCGGCGCGGCCCGGGGCGGCCGAGGAAACGGAAGCACUCCAGCAUGCUCGGCACCCUGCGGCAGAACAACGCGCUCAGCAGGGCUGACGGCAGGAAAGUCAAGGCCGUGAAGACCAGCCUGUCCCUCCUGUGCGCGGAGCUGCGGAGCGACGGCGAGCCCAAGAAGAAGCGGAGCAGGAUUGCCGAGGCGGCCUACAGCAGCCUCAAGGGCGCCCAGGACAAGGUGCGGUGCAAGAAAAGCGCUGCCAAGGCGGCUCACAAGGUCUCCCAGCUGAAGCAGAAAGUGAAGAGCAAAGGGCUCCCGGCCGGCAUCAGCCCCUUCCGCAGGAAAGAACCCAGCCCCGGCAGCCGGAUCCAGAAGAAACUCUCCAGGGCCAAGAGCACCAAAGCCGCGGCCUCCACCAAGUACCCGCAGCCGGACCCGGCCAGCCGGGAGACUUCUCACUUCAAAGCCACGCCCAGCCCGGGGGCAGCCGGCGCAGACGCAGACUACGAGAGCGAGGACGGUGCCGCCCUGUCGCCUGACGAGACCCUGCCCCCGGCCGUGGUCGGGCCCUCCCCAUCCUCGGUGGUGAAGAUGGAGGCCAAUCAGAAGGCGAAGAAGAAAAAGGAAAGGCAGGGGUUGCUAGGGCCUUGUCGAAUCUCCAGCCCAGAGGGCGAAGUCAAGAUCAAGCGGCGCCCGGGGAAGCCUGGCGCAGGGAAGCUGGAGAAAGUGCCCGCCAAGCGGAAGACGGGGGCCUGCGAGGGGACCGCCAAGAAGAAGCUGAAGGGGAAUCCCAAGGAGAGCCUGCGGCAGCUGGUGCAAUCCGGCGCGGGCAGCCUGGCAGCCAGCAACAGCCCCUUCCCCGGCACCGACGCCAGGCAGUUCACACCCAGGGAGGAUGGGGCCAAGAUUUCCAGCGAGCGCCUGAAGAAAGCCACGCGCAAGAGCAAGGUGCUGCAGUCGGCCCUGCGGCGGAAGAACGGGGCGCUGGCCCUGGCCCUCUCGCCCAGGAAUGCCAAAACCAUCCUCAGCAAAGGCAAGAAGCUGGGCAAGGUGAAGAGCAAGGUGGCCACCAAACAGUGCAAGGGGCGGGCGGUCAGCAAGCUGCUGGAGAGCUUCACCGUGGAGGACGACUUCGAGUUUGAUGACAACAGCAGCUUCUCAGAAGAGGAGGAGAGCCCUCGGCUGGGGGCUGAGCAGGGCACAGCCCACGCGCACUCCUGUACUAUCCGCAAGGAGGACCUGCGGGACGGCCUGCGCGUGCUCAUCCCCAAGGAGGACAGUCUGCUGUACGCCGGCAGCGUCAAGACCCUGCAGCCUCCGGACAUCUACAGCGUUGUGAUCGAGGGGGAGAGAGGGAACCGCCAGCGGAUCUACUCCCUGGAGCAGCUCCUGCAGGAAGCCGUGCUAGACAUCAGACCCCAGUCCAGCCACCACCUCCCGCCAGGCGCCAGGGUGUGCGCGUACUGGAGCCAGAAAUCCCGCUGCCUCUACCCGGGGAACGUGGUGCGAGGGCCCUCCAGCGACGAGGAGGAGGAGGAGGAGGACCUGGACUCAGUGGUGGUGGAGUUUGACGACGGGGACACAGGCCACAUCUCGGUAUCCAACAUCCGCCUGCUGCCCCCGGACUACCAGAUCCAGUGCACGGAGCCCUCCCCUGCCCUGCUGGUAUCCAGCACAUGCCGGCGGACGAAGCGGUCCUCCAGCGACGCCCCCCCGCCCAGCGAGGCGGUCCCCAGCCUGUGUGUGGAUGGGCGUGACAGUGCCGAGCCAGCCAAGAACGCCAGCAAGAAGGCCACUAGCAAAGAGAAAGCCGGUAAAGCCGAUGUGCUGGCCCUGGGUGCCAAGGCGCUGCCGCCGGCUGAUCACUUCCUGGGCCGGCGUGGCAGCCCCCUGCUGAGCUGGUCGGCGGUGGCCCAGACCAAGCGGAAGGCGGCCAGCAAGAACCCAGCCGUGCUGCAGAACCUCUUCCAGCUCAACGGCAGCAGCAAGAAACUGCGGGCCAAAGAGGCGCUCUUCCCCGUGCACAGCGUGGCCGCCCCCAUCUUCGGCAACGGCUUCGGUGCCGACUCCUUCAGCAGGAUCGCCAGCUCCUACGCCUCCUUCGGCGCCGGCGCCGGCCUGGUGCUGCCCGGCACCCAGAAGCUCCUGCGGGCCAAGAAGGUGGAGAGGCUGGAGGCGGAGGUGGGCAAGGGGGGCAGGAGGAAGUCGGGCAGCGAGUACCUGGUCAAGCUGGACCACGAGGGCGUGACGUCCCCCAAGAACAAGAACUGCAAGGCCCUGCUGAUGAGCGACAAGGGCUUUGGGCCCAAGCUGGAGAGGCCCCUGCCCAGCCAUGGCUACGCCCACCCAGCUCUGGUGGGCAAGGACAAAAAGGGGCGGGCCCCCAUACACCAGCUGCCCAUGGGGCUGGCGCUGCGCAAGUACUCGGGCCAGGCCGACUACGCCUUGAACUGUGACAGCGACUGCCACAGCUCCUACUCCGACGAGGACGAGGAGACUGGUGGGCUAGGCGCCAACGUGCCCUCGCGCUUCAUGACGCGCCUCUCGGUCUCCUCCUCCUCCUCCGGCUCCUCCACCUCCUCCUCCUCCGGCUCCAUCUCCACCUCCAGCCUGUGCUCCUCGGACAACGAGGACUCCUCCUACAGCUCCGACGACGAGGACUCCACCCUGCUGCUGCAGACCUGCCUCACCCACCCCGUGCCCACCCUGCUGGCACAGUCCCAGGCCCUGCGCUCCAAGAACAGCGCCCCGCAGAGGUGCUACAUCGCCAAGGCCGCCGCCGCCAGCGCCAAGGCCAAGCUGAAGCGCAAGGAGGCCCUGAGCUUCUCCAAAGCCAAAGAGUUCUCCCGGAGGCAGCGGCUGCCGUCGGUGGAAAAUCGGCCAAAGAUCUCCGCUUUCCUGCCAGCGCGGCAGCUCUGGAAGUGGUCGGGGAACCCCACGCAGAGAAGGGGCAUGAAGGGCAAGGCCCGGAAGCUGUUCUACAAAGCCAUCGUGCGGGGCAAGGAGACGCUGCGCAUUGGCGACUGCGCCGUGUUCCUCUCGGCCGGCCGGCCCAACCUGCCCUACAUCGGGCGCAUCGAGAGCAUGUGGGAGUCGUGGGGCAGCAACAUGGUGGUGAAGGUGAAGUGGUUCUACCACCCCGAGGAGACCAAGCUGGGCAAGCGGCAGAGCGACGGCAAGAACGCGCUGUACCAGUCGUGCCACGAGGACGAGAACGACGUGCAGACCAUCUCGCACAAGUGCCAGGUGGUGGGGCGGGAGCACUACGAGCAACUGACCAGGAGCAAGAAGUACCAGGACCGCCAGGACCUCUAUUACCUAGCGGGGACCUACGACCCCACGACGGGCCGGCUGGUGACUGCCGACGGCGUCCCCAUCCUGUGCUGACCCCGCCAGGGGCGAGCCAACCACCCCCCGGCCACCCACCGGCAAACACGCAGGGGAAAGGAGCCGGGAACCGGGGCCAGGAAUGGCCGAGCACCCUGGGGCCUUUUGCCCCCCUUUCUGGGUGGGCUGGCCAACGAAGGGCUGCGCUGACAUCGGGGGAGCUCCCCCAGCAGCACCACCUCUGCCCGUUGGAGCCAGGCCCGGUAAUUAUGCAAACCCCGCCCAGCCGCACAACCCCGGCGGCUCCCAUGGAGCAGCGGCCCGGAUCCCGGCCGCGGGGCAGAGCCAGCCUGGCUUGCCGGAGACUCGCACACAGAGCUCUCCUUCCCGUUGGCAGGCGCGGAGAGAUUUGAAUUCAAGCCAUACUGUCCCUAGUACCUCGGACUGUUUGCCAGCAGGUAAAGCAGAAAUCAGGUGUAUUAUUCUAUUUAUUUCUCAUGUAAAUAUUGUAUUUCUUCCGGGAAGUUUUAUGGAAACAGAGAAACCGACAGACAAACGGGGGGGGCGGGUGUUGCAAUGCACUGUUUGCCCUCAGCCUGGCUGAGGCUGAGGACAGCUGGGGUUUUCUGUACAUAGGGAGGGAGCAGGGAGGGCCCCUGGCGUGCUCACCCCGCUGACGGGACCGCACCCGCCUGGCCGGCUGUGUAAUAUAGACCCCCCGGGGCGCGCUCCCUCGGUCCUUCGGUGUAUUAUUAUUAUUAUUAUUCUGAUGCUAGUGACCCCGGCUCUCUGUCGGGGGGCACGUGCCCUGGGGCGGGAACAGAGAGAGAGUAUAUAUAUUAUUAUAAACUAGGGCAGGGAGCACACAGCCAGAGCCAACUUCCCUCGGGAACCAAACACGCCCGCCACGCACAGACCUGCCGCUCCUGCAUGCACCCACGCCCCGCACAAGCAGGAGACAGGGCCGGGCUGGGCGUCUCCCUGUGGCUCCCAGCCAUGCCAGGACCCCGGGUAAAGGACAUGGGUGGAUGUGUGCAGAUGGGGGAAGAGGGGGGGCAUUCGCAUGUGGACGUGGACACGUGGAGGAGUGGGCACGCAGGGGGUGGGUACGCGGAGGGGUGCACAGGCGCUGAAAGGACAAAGUGCAGGGGUGCCCGACAGCACCGCACCCCCUCCCAGCUGGGGCCAGGCAGCCCCAACCCUCUUUUCUGAAUCCCAUUAAUCCAUUAAACCAAACUAACCCAGACCCUCUCAGGAGAAGACGCAGGGGCCCGGCUGGAGCCAGCACUGCCCAUGGGACGUGGCUGCCCCGAUGCCCUGGGCUGGGGCCCAGCUGGAGCCGAGAUGUCUCUGCUCUUGGAGUGCC